AUGGCCCUCUAUCGCAGUCCCGCUGUGUCUACAGUGCCCUAUGUCGAUUCCCCAGGUUCCGAAUACCCCGCAGGCGCCGCGCCAGACGACCAACAAGCAUUCUAUGAGGACAUGGAACGGAGAGAAAUAUUGGAGCGUAAACUGUCCAAACGCAAAUCGAAUUCGGGCGGUUCAAUAUGGUCGCGCAAAUCGCUGAAGCGUUGGACAAUCACCCCACCUCCUGUUCCGCCAGGCUCCUCAGACCUUCCUCGAGCAGCUUCAAGUUCAAAUUUGCAGAUUAGAAAUGACAACGAUGAAGCGAUGAUUGGUGGGCAACAAAAGGAAAGACCUAGACUGAAUUCUUCGAGCUCUGUCAUUGCAGACAGCAGAGAGAUCCCGCCAUUAGUGGAUACGAGUGCAUGGGCAGCUGUCCCUUUGCCCGCCUUCAAGGUUCAUUAUCCUCUCCACAAUCCUUUUGGUCCGCGCAGAUAUAGAAAUCAUCAUCUCAUCCCUCCCUCUCAAAAGCGACCCUCUAUGCGUCCGCCGACCUUCUUCUCGCCAUCAUUUCCUCCAAUGCACACAAAUUCCGCUCCCGAAAACUUGGACGAUGACAGGCCUGAAUCCAGCAAUACCAAUGCUAACUCACCUUUGCCUACUCCAACUUCUUCACAGACACGUGUCGCUGAGGGCACAAAACCGAGGUCGCGUAAAACAUCCCAAACAGCCCCGGACAAUGUUGACCUCCUCGAUGUGACGGACCCUUGGGGAACCAAUUGGCACCAUCAGUCACCUUAUGAUAUCGGUCAAACUACAGCAGCUGUCUCUGAUUCUUAUGAUAUCCCAAAUCGAACACGGCGGGCCAGUAUGACCGCCAUGCAUACUCGUAACAAAUCAGUCGCACCUUCCCCACUUUCUCAAUCCACAUCCGCUGUACACUUACAACCAUCUCAGCCAGAAAUUCAAAUACCGCGAAAAUUAAGCAAGCGUCGUACUCCCACUGUCGAUAAUGUAUUCCAUCCCCAACCCCCAGAAAUUGACAGAAAGACGACUUCUGCUCCUGUAACUCCCAUCGAGCGCCGGUAUGUAGCACCAUCGCAAAGCGACAAUCCUGCAGAAUCGCUACCAAAGCGAAUGUCUGUUGUACCUGCACCAGUGUAUUCUACUCUCCAUCAAACCCCCAAAAAAGAAAAACGGGGAAGUGUAUUGAAUCGUUUGGCAAAGAAGUUUAGUUUGUUGAGGAAGCCUUCGGAAGACAAUUCUCCUUCGACCGAUUGGUGGCACCAUAUUGAUAACCAUGAAAUCAAAGGGUAUACCAAUGCAUUUGACGCUCCUGGGGAUCAAGGCCGCAAGUCUCCUCAGAAAUCCGCCCGCGAGUCUGUGAAAAGAGUACCACCCCCUUCUGUGGAUAAUUUGGUAGACCCUCCAGCCGCACCAGCAGAAUCUGUCCAAAAUAUUGAUCGCUUGUCUGUCGGUUCUAUCGAAGCGCCAUACUCAAUGGGAAGGCUUACUAUUACCAAUCCUGAUCUCAUGCCGGAUAAUGAGAAACGUUCCUCCUUGGCCAAUGAACCUCCUCCUCCUCCACCUGAGAAGCCAAAGGAUAAUGUGCAACUUUCGCACCCAGCUUCAGAUAGUAUGAUAUCACAGGGUCAAACUGCAAACACUGCUACUAUGCAUGAUGUACCGCUGCGUUUUGACAAACCUUUGCCACCUCCACAGUUGGCUACGCCUGAGAUGUCACAGCUUCGAUUAUCUGAUGUGCGAACUGCACAGGCUUUGGAACAACUACUCCCAUCAUUGUCUCGAACAAACUCGCCAGUUAGUAGGCCAGCUGAACUUGUAUCCCAGCCUAACGAGUCCUCUGCGAUAGUAGAAAAUAACCAUCCUAGUACAGGUGACAAACCUGCUGUUCUUACUGUUGAUCAAAGCCAGAUUGCUUCUCCAGCUCCCAUUGCCGAUAAGGAAUUACAAGAAACUCCAAAAAAAUUGGCCUCUCAGCCUACUGACAAAGACAAGCCCACGCUUAUUAGAGAGUCAAGUGUUAUUACGGAAACUACACCAGAUCGGAAUAAGACACGGUCGCCAUCAGUAACCCCUCAGAGCAAAAAGGAAACGCCUAAGAAGACCUCAUCUCAAUCACAACCUGCUCGCAAUGCUGAAGGUAAAACAAGUCGGAACCUUGCUACGGAGGGCUCUUGGCAGGACCCCUCUGCAGAGGCGUCCACUUCGACUCAGCGUCCAAAACUGAGCCAGGCCGAACCUCGCGUAGAGUCUGGUCCUGUGGCUGCUGUGCCCUUCCCGACAACCCAACGCCAGACAGUGAAAUCUUUGGUGCGAGAGUAUGAGGGUUCGCCGCUGUCGACAUCGUCAAUGCUCGCAAAUCCACCUACGCCAUACGACCAUCGAGCUUCAAUAGCUUUAUCCGACUCAGCUCCCCCAACCUUGCCUCCAAAAAGCAUAUACGAAGGAAAAACCCAGCACAACCGUUCUCCUACGAAUGCAUCGCCUAGUCGACAAACGGAAACGUUCAAAUUGGUGCGAAGCUCUUCGGGUAAUGUUUACGCGUCGAAUCAAACUAUCACUGCUGCCGGACAGCAGUGGGAGGUCGUUGAAUCGGUUGAAGUCAAAGCAAAGAAAGAAAAAUCGUCGACUAAACCUAAAGAACAAGAGCGCAAAUCCAAAGACCAUGAAUCCAGAGGGAAAGAGCGCGAUCACCGACCACGAGAGCACGAGCGUCACUCGAAGGAUUAUGAGUACAGGGCCAGGGAUAAACGGAGAUCACGCGAAUAUGACCGUUGGUCGAGAGACCAUGACAGGGCUAGAGAUGACUACAAGUAUCGGGAUGAUUAUAGAUCAAGGGAAGACCAGAGAACUAGGGAGGAACAUUUGGUGCGAGAAGAGCGUAGACUGAGGGAAGAAAGAGCAAGAGAACGGGAAGAACGUCGAAUCAGGGAAAUCAGGGAAGAAUACAGAUUGAGAGAGGAGCAAAAGAUGCGAGAUGAACGUCGGGCAAAAGAAGAGCAGAGAAUUCGGGAGGAAAGGAGGGCGCGAGAAAAGGAGGAACAGAGAGUAAGGGAAUGGGAAGAACAGAAGGCGCGAGAACGAGAGGAACAGAAGGCACGGGAACGGGAACGGGAAGAGCAGAGGGCGCGAGAACGAGAGGAGAGGAAAGCACGAGAACGGGAAGAGAGGAAAAUACGGGAAUGGGAGGAACAGAGGGCGCGUGAACGAGAAGAAAAGAGGUUGCGAGAUUGGGAGGAGCAGAGGGCUAGAGAAGAGCGGAAGGCACGAGAGCGAGAGGAACAGAAAGCACGAGAACGAGAGGAACAGAAAGCGAGAGAACGAGAGGAACAGAAAGCGAGAGAACGAGAGGAACAGAAAGCGAGAGAACGAGAGGAACAGAAAGCGAGAGAACGAGAGGAACAGAAAGCGAGAGAACGAGAGGAACAAAAGGCACGAGAACGAGAGGAACAGAAAGCAAGGGAACGAGAGGAGCAAAAGGCCAGAGAGCAAGCAGAACAAGAGGCUCGGGAGAGGGAAGCUCACAGGUUGCGAGAACUGGAAGAGCAAAAGGCGCGCAAACUAGAGGAAAUGAGGAUAAAGGACGAGGAACGCAUCAGAGAUGAACGACGACGCAAGGAUUACGAGCGCAGGUCCAGAGAUGAACAAAGAUUGGAUGAUCACAACCGUACUGCCAAAGAGUACAAACCUCAAUCCAAGGAUCAUGAUCUCGUCAGUCGUCGAGAACCAGUCAAGGAGGCCAGUCACUACCAAUCUUCUUAUCAAUGGCCCUCACAGCAACCUCCAUCAUACCCUGCAGAGUCAUCCAACAAGAGGUCGAAUGGCAUGGUCGCCUCUCACCAUCAUGGGGAGCGGUCGCGACACGAUGAUUUCUCUCACAGACCCAAUGAUCACCACGGGCGCAACGUCGACAAGCGGCCUGUCAGCGAUACCUCUUCUUCUUCUGACUACUAUGGUACCGUACUAGUCAAAUCAGACCCCGUUGAUAUCCCUUCUCAAUUUUCUAACCCCCCACAACUGCGUUUGGAACGAAAUCCAUCUCUCACUGCUAGACCUACCUCCCAACUUCCAUCUGCCGCCGAAAUGAAUGCCGUACGAGCCAAGGAGUCCUGGGAAAUGGAACGUCUUUGGAAAGCGCGGAGUAUGUACGGUUUUGAGCCAAAUGCUCAGAUAACGGACUUCAUUCCUGGCUCUAGCUCGAGCAGCUCAAGCAGAAGCGACGACAUUCACACACAAAGCGCCGUAUAUGGCUCUAGUCAUACAGCUUAUGUCGUUCAGACGCCUUUCCAAGGAAAUCUAGGGACUCAGAUAUAUCACUCAAUGCCUACCGGUCCACCUCCUGUUAUUUAUUCUUCACCAUCAUCUAUACCCAGUAUCCCGGACAAUCUUUCUUCUUACGAACCUUAUGAUCAUGUUUAUCGAUCUUUCACCGCCGCGGCGACGCCCUCUGACUAUCGAUCACCACCAACUUUACCUCGGCCAACAUCGGACUAUCGACACUCUACCACGGUAUCUAGGCCACCAUUGAACAAUCCUCUCCCCGAACCACCACGAGAAUCACAAAUCGAGCUGAGCGGUUUGAAGAACGCCAAAGACAAUGAUAAGCACUCGAGUGACUAUUGGACGAAGUAUAAUGGAAUCACGACCACACAUUAG